GGGGCGGGGUGAUUCUAGAGGGAGAGUGCGUGGUGCCGUGUGCAAACCGCGUGUGGCGCAGCCAGAAGGGACGCGGAGCGGGCGGGCAGAGCCGCGUGAGCGGAGCUGACUGUCGUCCGGGCGGGCGACUGCCGCAGCGGAGUGAGGGGCCGCAGGUAACCUGCAGCCAUGAGCAGCAAUGAGUGCUUCAAGUGUGGACGUACUGGCCACUGGGCUCGGGAGUGCCCCACUGGAAUUGGCCGUGGUCGUGGGAUGAGGAGCCGUGGCAGAGCAGGCUUCCAGUUCAUGUCCUCAUCUCUGCCGGACAUCUGCUACCGCUGUGGUGAGUCUGGCCAUCUUGCCAAGGACUGUGAUCUUCAGGAGGAUGAAGCCUGCUAUAACUGCGGUAGAGGUGGCCACAUUGCGAAGGACUGCAAGGAGCCCAAGAGGGAGAGAGAGCAGUGCUGCUACAACUGUGGCAAACCUGGCCACCUGGCUCGUGACUGUGACCAUGCAGAUGAGCAGAAGUGCUAUUCCUGUGGAGAGUUUGGACACAUUCAGAAAGACUGCACCAAAGUGAAAUGCUAUCGGUGUGGUGAAACUGGCCAUGUAGCCAUCAACUGCAGCAAGACCAGCGAAGUCAACUGCUACCGCUGCGGCGAGUCAGGGCACCUUGCACGGGAAUGCACAAUUGAAGCUACAGCCUAAUUAUUUUCCUUUGUCGCCCCUCCUUUUUCUGAUUGAUGGUUGUAUUAUUUUUCUCUGAAUCCUCUUCACUGGCCAAAGGUUGGCAGAUAGAGGCUACUCCCAGGCCAGUGAGCUUUACUUGCCGUGUAAAAGGAGGAAAGGGGUGGAAAAAUCAACUUUCUGCAUUUAACUACAAAAAUGUUUAUGUUUAGUUUGGUAGAGGUGUUAUGUAUAAUGCUUUGUUAAAGAACCCCCUUUCCGUGCCACUGGUGAUAGGGAUUGAUGAGUGGGAAGAGUUGAGUCAGACCAGCAAAAACCCUCUCUGGGUUACAUGGAAGUGAUCCUAUGCAGGAGGAAAGAAAAUUCUGGAAGUGUCUAAACUUCCUCAUAACUUUUAUUACAAUGGCCUUGGACUGUCUGACCUCAGUAGCUGUUAACACCAAGUAAUACCUGUAUCGGGCCCUACCUAGAGCAUAUAGCUGAGUGGGAGUAAACAAACAAGAUGCACAUGCCUGUUAAUGGCCAUGAGAGAGAGAGAGAGAGAAAUCAGGAAUAAACUUAAAAGUAACAGUAAUUCAGUCAAUGAAUGUUCAUGUUGGAGUUACAGAACGUUACGGGAAGCUUUUGAAUAAAUACGUCAAAGUCAAUCUGGAACCCAGACAUCAGUGCUCAUAGCAUAUACAAUUUGGAGCUAUUCAGGAGUUGCAAAUAAAUGCAUUUUCACAGAAAUCAAGAUGUUAUUUUUGUAUACUAUAUCACUUAGACAACUGAGUUUCAUUUGCUUGUAAUCAGUUUUUAAAGUAAGAUGGUAAAAGCAAUUGAAGUCCUAGAACAUAGAAAAUGUAAUUUUAAACUAUCAAUAAAGCUGGAGGAGGAAGGGGAGUUUGGCUAAAGUUCCUUUUGUUUAUUUUUGGUUUCAUGUACACAGUGCAAAAUAACAUAUUAAAAAGGGGUAUGUGGAGGUGUAAAAA